AUGUAUGUAGAAGUGAAACAUAUCGCUGAUAUAGUGGGUGAAUGGGGUAAAUGGCAGUCACUAUUCUUUACCCAUUGUAUACUAUUGUGGGCGACCGGAGCUUUCGUUAACAUGGGAUUUGUUUUUCACACAAAACGUGUGGACUUCUGGUGCGCCGACACACCAACCAAUCUCACUUCGCAACAUUUAAGCGAUGAAACGAAAUGUUAUAAAUAUAUUAAUCCAAACGAAAGCUGCACUCAUUGGGAGUACAAUAGGACUCAGUUUCGUAAAACAAUUAUAACUGAAUUUGAUUUAGUGUGCAAUCGGGCUAACUAUGCAUCUCUGACACAAUCAUGUUUUAUAAUGGGUUACGUGUUUUCGGGUCUAAUUGUAUCGCAUUUCUCAGACAAAUACGGUCGACGACCCGUCGUAUUCAUAUGCUAUGCCAUUGAAAUAUUGGGCGUUAUUUCCUGUGCCCUCUCAUAUAAUAUAUACCAAUAUCUAAUUUCACGAUUCCUCACCGGACUGGGCUAUUCUGGCCUCAACGGGGCUUUAUUUUGCAGUGGCCCUAAAUAUCGGUCAUAUAUAACAAUCUAUGUAAUCGGCGGUUGGGUAUUAGGCUAUGUAUUAUUGCCUCCAUUUGCAUAUUGGUUGCCGGACUUUCGAUACAUGCAAUUCGCAUCGGCUCUGCCAUUAAUAUUGUUGUUAAUCUGGUUUUAUUACUUUCACGAAUCACCAAGGUGGCAAUUAGUCAAUGGACAGGUAGACAUGGCUGAGGUUACCAUUAGAAAGGCGUUGCAAAUGAAUGGCAAAUCUGUGGACAACUUAAGGGAGCAAAUGAUACAAUUGGCUAACAGUAUACAAACAUCAGAAUCAAUCAAAAAUAAGAAAGGUCACAAUUUGCUUGAUCUGUUCAAAACACCAAACAUGCGAAAAUACACGUUAAUCCUAUGGUACGCGUGGGUUGUAAACGCGGUCAUUUACUACGGCAUCAGUUUAAACAUGGGCGACUUUGGGGGCAAUUUCUACAUAAGCUUCCUAUUGUCUGGUUUGAUGGAACUUCCGGCUAAUCUGUUAACACCGCUAUUCCUGCGAUACAUUGGUCGGAGAAAACUGUACGCAAUAUUCAUGAUAAUUACGGGCGCGUCGUGUGUGGCAGUAAUCGCCGCCGACCGGACCUCAUGGCUGCGGGUGUUGUUAGCAUUGGUGGGGAAAUACGGUAUCAGUAGCUCCUGGAAUGUGGUCGUCAUUCAUGGAUCAGAAAUUUAUCCGACAGUUAUCCGCACGACUGGACUCGGAGUCGUGUCAGUUGUCGGUCGCUUAGCCUCUAUUAGCGCACCAUUUAUGGGAAAUUUGGCAUCUGUGACUAGUUUAACAUUUGUGAUGUUAUUAUAUGGCGUACUGACAGCUGUGGGCGCAGUUCUAGUGCUGUAUUUGCCCGAAACGAAGGAUAAAGAAAUUCCCGAUACGUUAGAAGAAGCUGAAAAUUUAGAUAAAAACAAUGCCCAGAAAAUCAGCUCAUUUUAUAUUGCAUUCAUUAAAGAUACAAUACAAGUGAAACACAUCGCUGAUAUAGUGGGCGAAUGGGGUAAAUGGCAGUUCAUAUUAUGCGCCCACUGUUUCCUAUUGUGGUCGUCCGCCGCCUUCAUUAACAUGGGAUACGCUUUUCACGCAAAACGUGUGGACUUUUGGUGCGCCGACACACCAACCAAUAUCACUUCGCUAACUUUAAGCGAUGAAACAAAAUGUCAUAAAUAUAUUAAUCCAAACGAAAGCUGCACUCAAUGGGAGUAUAAUAAGACUCAGUUUCUUAAAACAAUUAUUACUGAAUUUGAUUUAGUGUGCGAUCGGGCUAACUAUGCCUCUCUAACCCAAGCAUUUUUCAUGUUUGGUUAUGUGGUGUCGGGUCUUAUUGUAGCACAUUAUUCGGACAAAUAUGGUCGACGACCCAUGGUGUUAAUGUGCUAUGCCAUAGAAAUAUUGGGCAUUAUUUCAUGUGCCUUCUCUUAUAAUAUAUACCAAUAUCUAAUUUCACGAUUGUUGGUUGGCGUGGUGCUCGAGUGCUGUGGCCCUAAAUAUCGUUCAGAUAUACAAAUAGUGGCUGGAAUUGGUUGGGUAUUAGGCUAUGUAUUAUUGCCUCCUUUUGCAUAUUGGUUGCCCGACUUUCGAUACAUGCAAUUAAUAUCAGCCCUACCAUUGAUAGCGAUGUUAAUCUGGUUUUACUAUCUUUAUGAGUCUCCGCGAUGGCAAUUAGCAAAUGGACAGGUAGACAGGGCUGAGGUUACCAUUAAAAAAGCAUUGCAAAUGAAUGGCAAAUCUGUAGACAACUUACAUGUGCAAAUGUUACAAUUAGCUAAUUGUAUGCAAGCAACACAAAAAGUUGACAAAAAAGAGAAAGCUCAUAAUGUGCUUGAUCUACUUAAAAAACACAAUAUUAGAAAAUGCACAUUAAUUAUAUGGUACUCAUGGGUAGUAAACGCGUUAAUUUAUUACGGACUGAGCUUUAACAUGGGUGAUUUUGGGGGCAACUUUUACGUGACAUUCGUAUUGUCGGGUUUGAUGGAACUUCCGGCACAACUGUUAACACUAUUACUUCUACGAUAUAUCGGUCGACGAAAACUGUACGCAAUAUUCAUGAUAAUUACGGGCGCGUCGUGUGUGGCAGUAAUUGCCGCCGACCAGAGCUCAUGGCUGCGGGUGUUGUUAGCAUUGGUGGGGAAAUACGGUAUCAGUAGCUCAUGGAAUGUGAUUCAAAUCCAUGGCUCGGAAAUCUAUCCGACAGUUGUCCGCAAUAUCGCUGUAGGCGUCGCCUCAGUUGUCGGUCGGGUUGGCUCUAUUAGCGCACCAUUUAUGGGAAAUCUGGCAUCGGUGACUAGUUUAACAUUUGUGAUGGUAUUAUAUGGUGUGCUGACAGCUGUGGGCGCAGUACUAGUGCUGUAUUUGCCUGAAACUAAGGACAAGGAAAUUCCCGACACAUUAGAGGAGGCAGAACAUUUAUAUCACAACAAUGUUAUUUAA